GUGUGGGUACUUCGAGAAUCGUGAGGAUUUCGUACAAGUAUAAAAAUGAAGCAAUUGAUGACGAAAAGCAUCAGUAACAUCAACUCGCAACACAAUAUCACUACUGUGUAGUUAAACCGAACAAAUCAUUUCAAAAUGUUCAAGCUCAUCUGUCUAUUUGCCAUUAUCGCCGUUGCUGCUGUGGCGGCUGACCCGAAGCCUGGAGUGUUGGCCUACAGCGCCCCACUGUUAGCUGCUGCGCCGGGAGCUGCCGUCUAUGAGCGUACUUAUCACGGAAACUUUGCCCCAUUGGCAGCCUAUGCUUCUGCGCCAUACAUUGCAGCACCAUAUGCCGCGGCACCAUUGGCCUACUCCGCUCCGUACGUGGCAGCUGCUCCGGCUCCAGUGCUGUUCAAGUGAAGUGCUCCUUUCGUCAUGGUAACCUACCUGCUCCGAAGAUCGCACAGAUGUUCCUGCUGUCCAUAGUCUAAUCAACGCUAGUUUAUUGAAGCUUAACGUAUAGCUGCUAUUUAUGUUAUCAAAAUAUAAACACAAUUUGAAAUGAUAUAAUAA